GGUGGCGGCCAUCAAAGCGCGCAUCAACGCAGUCUUCUGUCUUUCUCCAAACGCUGAACAUCAUUCACCGUGCGAACAUGGCUAACAUCUCGAAAGACGAACUCCGCAAGGAAAUUGCUGCUAUAUUGAAGGGAGCCGAUUUGGCAUCGACUUCUGCCAAGAAUGUGAGGCAGGAAUUGGAGGAGAAACUGGAGUGCAACCUGCAGUCACGCAGGAAGGAGAUUGACGAACUCGUGAUGGAAUUCGUGAGUGGCAAGGACAAGAAGAAGGCCGGAAGCAAGAAGGUGUCCGACGACGAGGAAGAAGAAGAGGAGGAGGAGGACGAAGAGGAAGAAGAAGAGUCCGAGGAGGAGAAGAAACCGGCGAAGAGAGGAGCAGCCGGUAAGAAGCCUGUCGCGAAGAAGGCCAAGAAGGCCUCCGACGAUUCCGACGCAAGCGAACCAUCGGACGCCGAGUCCGAGGAGGAAUACUCUCCUAAAAAGACAAAGCCCAUCAAGACACGCAAGUUGCCGCCCAAGAAGAAGAAGGGUUCCGAAUCCGACUCUGACGAGGAUUGGGCGAAGACGAAGAAGACGACAGGUAAGAAGGGAGGCGGCGGCGCUGGAAAGGGCAAGGGUUACACCAAGUCGAUGACGCUCUCACCGGAGUUGGCGGCCCUCGUCGGGCAAGAGUCCAUGGCACGUCACGAGGUCGUCAAGAAGGUGUGGUCCAUCAUCAAGGAGCGCGAGCUCUACGAUCCCAACAACAAGCAGUUCGCCAUCUGCGACGACGCCCUCCUCAAAGUCAUAGGCAUUAAGCGUUUCCGCAUAUUCGGCAUGAUGAAAUACUUGAAGAAUCACUUCCUGAGUUAAAUUAUACCUUCUCUCCUUUCCAACCCCAAAACAAAAAAGAAAAUACGUCUCUACUUCUCUUCUCCUCCUCCCUUCUUCAAACAUUUCUCUCACACACACACACACACAACAUACACAUCUUUUUCUCGGGAGUUGCAUUCAUCAACUCACCUGAAAACAACAACAACAACAAACAGAAAUUAUUCAAUAACAUUCAUCAAUCAAAUUACAAGAAGUGCAAGGUGGCUGGCCGAGCGCCCUUUAUUAAUUAACUAAUAAUAAUCAUUAUUUUCUUCAACCUUUAACCCACCAACAACCCCCAUCCCCAAUAAUGUUUACGAAUAAUUUUUAUAUUAUUUUAAGAGGACUUAUCGUUUAGACUGAGUUUAGUUUGUAAGUGAACGGAAUAGAGAGAGAUAGAGAAACGAGAAGACGAGAGAGAGAGAAAGAGAGAAAAGCCCGGCCACCUUUUGCACCAAAUUUUCCUCCUAAAAGUCCUACAAAUCAUUGCACGAUUGUUUUGUAGACACGAUCGUGUUUAUUACUGUUCGUCCCUGAUUUUUGACUAAUUAUAUUUUUCCAAUUUGUUUCGGAAGUAUUGACUUUUCUAUAUGAUUUUUUUUUCGUAUUUGUGUGUAUUAUUACUAUUAUUAUUAUAUUAUUGUCGGCGGCGGAAAAAUCCAC